AUGCAUCCUCCCACACCACCAGGAGAACAAUGCCACGACAAGGGGCUCGGAAAGCUCAUCGGCCUCAGCAACUGGCACGUGUGGCACAUGAAGGCCCGGAUGGCGCUGCAGACGCGGGGCUUGCGCUACCUCCUGGACGACGACGGGCCGCCCGAGAUGCCGGACGACUUUGACCAAUACGACGCGGACCGGGCCUCCGGCGUCGGCCUGCUGGUGGACGCCAUGUCCGAGGACGUGCUGGAGCGGGCGUACCGCCGCGGGUGGAAGCCCGAGCACGCGACCGUGACGGAUACGCUCAACACGCUCGACGCCAUUUUCAGCGAGGAGCAGCAGGCGCAGCGCAACAAGGACGAGCGCGCCAAGGUGCUGCGCCGCCGCCUGGUCGACCUGUCGCGGAUGGACCUCGGCGCCGACGCGCAGACGGUGCGCGAGUACAUCCUGGCAGCCAAGCACAACCACGACGCCCUGCUGGUGCACUACGGCGACAGCAACCCCGCCGAGGAGGGCUGCGUGAGCCCGGCUGAGGAGCUCCUGGAGCAGCUGUUUGUCACGUCGGUCAUCCAGGGCCUCCGCACGGCGCGGCCCAGCUGGUACGCCGAGUGGAUGGAGAAGAUGGCCGAGGGCACCCUGGGCUCGGCCGGCAGCCGUCCUGGUGUGACCGAGUGGCUGAUGGGCAAGGACAAGGCCGACCAGGAGGAGCGGGAUGCCGCCGCCGCCGCUGCCGCUGUCGUCGCUUCCCGGCCCCUACGGAGGGAGUUGGCGCUGGAUUCUGCUCUCCCCUCUAAGCCGGCCGCCCAUCGACCGCCGCCGCCCAAAAGGGCCAAGAAUACCAUACAAAAGAGCCUGCAGGGGCGCUGCAGCUACUGCGCCUACCACCAUCCCUUGACGGAGGAGCACAGCGACGAGGGCUGCUGGUACCGGCAGCCGCACAAGGCGCCGCUUUGGUGGCAGCGCAAGUUUCGGGACGAGAUUGAGAGGGAGUCCUGGCGGCGGGACGGCAAGAGGAAGAGGUCCCCCUCGCCGCUGACCUCGAUGCGGUGCUUGUAA